AUAUUAAUUUUGGACAAAGAAGAAGUCUGUAGCUUGUUUUAAAGGCUAUUUUGUCGCGAGAUAAGCGAAUAAUCUAUAAAUUCAAAUAGGCGCAACAUUGCACGAAAAUGUUUAUUGUGAAAAUGUUAAAAGUAUGCGACUAAUAGCGAAUACUUAAAACAAAUACACAGGUGUUUUUGUAGUCUCUUCGUCGGGAACGGAACUCCACCACACCACUACCACUGCAUUACAACGACGUCUUUUUUACAACCACGGGAAAGAACGAACGAACAAACGAAAUAUCACGGCAAAAAAGAAAAAAGAAAGAUAAAGAAACGACUUAAGAAUUGAAUUGUUGUAAAUUCAAACCAACAAGACCGACCAAGCAACCGAAUCAUUAUAGUGAGUGAGUGAGUGAGUGUGUCGAUUUGGUGUAUUAUUCAUCUCAUAAUUUGCAAUUAAAAUAUAUAGUGUGUGUGUGUCCAGUCAAUAGAGAGCGAGGGGAGUUGUAAUAAUUGGCUAGAAUUUGGCAAACAUUUGUCUUGUCUAGUAGUCUAGUUGAUGUACCCACCACUGGCAAAACGUCAACGACGACGACCCACAGCUAUCGCCACCACCAAUAACCAACAACAGCAAUAACAACAACUAUAACUACUACCACCACCACCAUUGGCAGCCGCCUCUCAGCAGCAGCAUCAAAACUCAGCCACCGCCACAGUAGCAGGAGAAUUAAGUAUUAGCAGCAUGCGUGAAUUUAAAGUCGUCGUUCUGGGGUCUGGAGGUGUUGGCAAGUCAGCUUUAACAGUGCAGUUUGUUUCCGGUUGUUUCAUUGAAAAAUAUGAUCCCACAAUAGAGGAUUUUUAUCGCAAAGAAAUCGAGGUUGACAGUUCACCAUGUGUACUAGAAAUCCUAGAUACAGCGGGCACAGAGCAAUUUGCCUCAAUGAGAGAUCUCUAUAUCAAAAAUGGUCACGGUUUUAUUGUCAUGUAUUCACUAACAAAUCAUCAAACAUUUCAGGAUAUAUCCAGCAUGAAAAAUGUUAUAACCCGAGUUAAAGGCAGCCAACCGGCACCCAUAUUACUAGUCGCUAAUAAAUUAGAUUUAGAUUGCCAAAGAGAAGUAUCAACUGCCGAAGGCAACGCGCUUGCACAACUCUGGGAAUGUCCAUUUAUAGAAGCAUCCGCUAAAGAUCGUAUUAAUGUUAAUGAAGUAUUUGCAACAAUAGUGCGCGAAAUGAAUAUGACCCAGGAUAAAAGACAGAAAAAAAGUUAUUGUUGUUGUGCUCUUUUAUAGAAGGAUUUUGCUAAUUAUAAAUAUUAUUUUUACUAUUACUAUAGCAAUUAUGCACACACGUACAUAUUAUAAUAAUAUAUAAACAAAAGAACAACAACAACAAAAUAUACAUACAUACGCAUUUGUAAGAGAACAGAAUAAUAUACCCUAAAAUAAUAAUAAUAAUAAUCAUUAUUAUUAUUAUUAUUAUAAAGAGAGAAAAAAAACAACAAAAAAACCACAAACAAACAAAAAAAAGUACAUUAUGUUAAUUAAAUGUAUUGAUUUUUAAAGGAUCAAUAAUAAAAAAAAAAUAAUGAAACAGUAGAAAAAAACAAGCAACAUUUAAAAACGGAAGACAAAGAAGAGGAUCAUGAUUUCAAUUAUGUAUUAAAAAUGAUGCUAGUGAUGUGAGAAGGCAGAAGAAAGAUUAUGGCAAAGAUGUAAGCUUUCCUAUCACUACUACCUACUCUUUAGCGAAUGAUAAGAGAUGAUAUUAAAAAAAAAAACAA